GCUCUGGGCAGGGGAGCACCUGCUUCUUGGCAGGCUGCUGCUGGAGGAAGGGAAGAGAUUCUCUCCGUGAGCUCCUUCAUCGGCUCAAUCCUGUGGAAGGAAAGGCAGGAAAAAGCCUUGGUGCCAGGCUGGAGCGAGGAACAGAGCUGGGCUGUGGUGUGCGAGCAGCGUCUGCCGUAGAUGAAAGACACAGGAAAGGAAGAACAUAGCCCUGGUUGCUCCCUUAUAGUGCUGCUCUGGGAAUGUUCCACCAUGCCCUGCAGCCCUGCCAGGGAUGUGGGCUCAGCACCAGCACAUGGACCAUAGCUUUCCAGGUGAGACUGCUGCAGAAGGGAGCUCCACCAGGCUCCAAAGAAUGAGACAGAAGCAUCCUUGCAUGGGAAAUGCAACCACCUUUGCGACCACCGGUGCCUUGACCUUCCACGUCACCGUAAGCGUGUAGAUUCAUCCGUGCAACCAGCCCACCGUGCCCUCCUCUCCAGCCACUCACCAUGCCAGAGCUGGCAGAGCUGAGCACCCCCCGCACCCCUGCGGAUGCGGACCACAUCCAGAGGAACAUCUUGGAGGAGCACGUGGAGCUCUGGUGGUUCCAGGACCCCAAGAAGUCCAUCCUGUGCUAUGGGGUGGCUGUGGUGCUGAUCCUGGCCUGUGGCAUCGGCGGCAUCAUCCUGCUGUACAGCACCAGCAGCCGGUCUGGGGAGUGGCGGCUGGCGGUGGGCACCACGCUCUGCCUCCUGGCCCUGCUCGUGCUACUGAAGCAGCUGCUGAGCUCUGCAAUCCAGGACAUGAACUGCAUCCGCAGCCGGGAUCAGAUCGAGCUGCUGAAGAGCGGUGGGUUCUCGGACUGCCUGGUGCUGCUGCUCAGCUCCCUGGUGCUGCUGGUGUGUGGGGUGGUGCUCACCAUCCUCUCCAGCACCACCAUGCAGCUCAGCCCCGCACGGCCGCUGGCCAGCAUGUUCACCAGUGGGGUUAUCCUCCUGACUGCCGGCAGCGCCAUCCUCCUCUGCCUGCUGCUCUACCUGCUCUGCACCUCCUGCCGCCAGGCUGCUCCUCGCAGCCUGGAGACCGGCGACAUCCGCGUCUUCACCAUCUCCGGCCGCCUCGCUGCAAACAGGCGGCUUCCUCCCACCUCCAGCAUGGCCAACCUGAUCUGA